AUGUCUGCCACACAGGAUGAGAAAGGUUUGCCUUUGGGGAAUGCUCAAGGUAAAGAACCGAGAACAACGCAAGCCCCGCCAGUUGACGAGAGAUCUGUGUCAAUCUUUGGCAAAAAGAGCCCUGGCGUCCAACGUGUGGAGGUUAUAUCAGAACAUUUCCAUUUGUUAGAUCGGGUCGUAUUCUUUUUUGGCAUCUUCGUCCUUGCCUAUGCAUACGGCCUCGAUGGGACAAUCCGAUAUACCUAUCAACCCUAUGCCACGGCUUCAUACCAAUCACACAGUUUGCUGGCGACAGUGAAUGUGCUGAGAAGCGUCAUUGCUGCGGCCGCUCAGCCAACUGCUGCAAAAAUUGCCGAUGUCUUUGGGAGAGUGGAGGUGAUAUUUGUUACUGUGAUAUUCUACGUCGUUGGUACCAUCGUCGAGGCGUGUUCCACCAAUGUGCAAUCAUUCGCAGCGGGUGCGGUGUUGUACCAGAUUGGAUAUACAGGCAUCUUGCUGCUGGUUGAAGUCCUCAUUGCAGACGUUACCUCUCUCAGAGCCCGUCUCCUAUUCUCCUACAUCCCCGCGACCCCUUUUAUUAUAAACACCUGGGUCUCUGGUGAUAUCACCAGUGCUGUCCUUGGAAAGACUACAUGGAAUUGGGCCUGCACUAUACCUCUGCUGUUAUCCCUCUAUAACGUCCAUCGUAGAGCCAAAAAAGCCGGUUCACUCAUCGCCUACAAAAGUCCAUAUGAGUUGCUCGGCUUCCGCCAACUCAUGGUCUCCUUAUUCUGGCAAUUGGAUGUCAUCGGGAUCAUCCUCUUGGUCGGGGUUUUUGCACUCAUCCUUGUACCAUUUACACUUGCUGGAGGUGUACAACUCCAGUGGAAGACAGCCAAAAUCAUUGCUCCCCUUGUUAUCGGUGUGCUUCUUAUUCCAGUUUGGAUCCUCUGGGAGAUGACAUGCAAACACCCCAUGGUCCCCUUUAGAUUGCUCAAAGAUCGCGCAGUUUGGGGCGCUUUGGGUAUCGCUAUCUCCCUAAACACAGCCUGGUAUAUGCAAGGUGAUUUCCUUUACACAGUCCUCAUCGUUGCUUUUAACGAGUCGAUCAAGAGUGCCACCCGCAUCACGUCGCUUUACAGUUUUACGUCUGUAAUCACGGGAUGCAUUGCCGGCUUAAUUGUAUACAGAGUUCGACGAUUGAAGCCUUUUAUUGUAGCUGGAACCCUCCUCUUCAUGGUCGCCUUUGGGCUUCUCAUUCAUUACCGUGGCGGAGUAGGCCCAUCUAGCCACUCCGGAAUUAUUGGUGCUCAGGUUCUUCUUGGAAUUGCCGGCGGAUUAUUCCCUUACCCAGCUCAAGCAAGCAUCCAGGCUGCAACCAAACACGAACACGUCGCCGUCAUUACCGGUUUGUACCUCGCCUGUUAUAACAUUGGCUCCGCCCUUGGAAACUCCAUCUCCGGGGCGCUCUGGAACCAAGUCCUCCCUAAGACCUUGGAAGCACGCCUGGGAAAUGCCACCAAGGCAGCUGAAGUCUAUGCAAACCCUCUAACCUGGGCCCCGAAAAAUCCGGUUGGAACACCGGAUAGAGACGCCGUCAUCCUCGCUUACCAGCACGUUCAGCGGCUGCUCUGCAUCACUGGUAUCUGCCUGUCCGUGUUACUCAUUGCAUUUGCGCUUGUUCUCCGCGAUCCGGUCUUGACGGGUGAGCAGAGUCUUGCGAACGCGGAGAAGUAUGACGAGGAGAGUUCCGGCUUGGAGGACUAG